AUGGAAGUCACUUCUUUGCCAAUUAAACUUCAGCCAUCAAACAUUAGACCCAUAGCAUUUCGAAUAUUGUCUAAAAAACAUGGAUUAAAUAUUAAUACAGAUGCUUUAGCAAUUUUAACAGAGACCAUCGGCUACAAAUUUGGAACUGAUUGGAAAAGUGUGAGAUCACAACAAUUUCUUGAAGAGGUUGCCAAAGUUUGGAAAAUCGAAGAUCGGGGACUAUUUAUUGAUGGCGAUGGGUUAAAACAAGUUUUGAAGGAUAUGAAUUCCAAAAGCAGCAAUGAUACAAAAAGAGCUCAUCGAACUGACACCCUAGUUGAUAUCACUAAUGAUGGUAACCAAAAUCAUACUCAUAGCCACCAGGAUAAGCAAAUAAGUUUUGAAGAUAAAAAUAUGGAACAUGAAGAAAGAGAUGAUGUACCAAUCAACUGGCAAGAUUAUUUCAAAGUUGUAUCUCCCAAUAACCAACCUACUAGUAUAUUCGACAAAACAAGAAAACAAUUUGACAUAGUAUUUAAAAAUAAUGAUGACAAGGAUAAGAAAGCCGAGCGUGGCGGGAAACUUGAGUCAAUUGUGGCAGAGUUAGUAAAAAAUUUGCCUGCAUCUAUUGAAUCAUUCAAUAAUCGAUACUAUCUCUUAAGUGAUCGAUUAUCGAGAAACGAAAAUUUUCAAAAAAAAUCAUUAAUCAGUCUAUCAGCGUUAAAUUCUUUCAAAGAAGGAAAAACAGAUAGUAUAACUGGUCAUGAAAUUAGUUUAAUCAAAAAUAUGUUGGGUCGAGAUGGUCAAAAAUUUUUGAUAUUCGGUUUGCUCAGUAAAAAUGCAAACGAUGAAUACACAUUGGAAGAUGAAACAGACCACAUUGAAUUAAACUUAUCUCAAGCUUUUAAAUCUCAAGGAUUGUUUUAUUGUCCCGGAAUGUUUCUAUUAGUGGAAGGUAUUUAUUCUGCAAGUGGGGGUAAUUCCAACCAGGAUCAUGGUUAUAUCGGAGGAUGUUUUUAUGUUAGUAAUAUCGGGCACCCACCAAGUGAACGAAGAGAGACAAGCUUAGAUGUUUAUGGGAAUUUGGAUUUUUUAGGGAUGCAUAGACAAAUUGCACCUGUGACAGGUGAAAAAAUCACCAAAAUAUCUAAAAAGUUUAAGAAGAGAUUGGUUCUAAUCGAAAAGACCUUGUAUAAUCAUAAACUUAUUUUUGUGGGUACCGAUUUAUACUUGGAUGAUUUCAAAGUUUUGGAUGGGUUGCGAAAGUUUUUCCAAAAAUUAGAAAAUUCAAUUAUUGAAUCAAUCGAGGACGAAGAAGGGCAAAUGGCCGAAGGAACCAAUAUACCACUUGCUUUAGUUUUCACAGGGUCAUUUGUGUCAAAACCUUUAUCAGUUACAAAUUCAUCAGUGACCAACAUCACCAAUUCAGAAUCAUACAAGAGCAAUUUUGAUAAUUUCACAACAAUCGUGAGCAAAUACCCAAACAUUGUAUCUCGCUGCAAAAUAAUAUUGAUUCCAGGUAAAAAUGAUCCUUGGCAAUCUACUUAUUCAUUGGGAUCAUCUAGCUUAAACUAUUUUCCUCAGUCGUCUAUUCCAAAAGUGUUUAUCAAUCGAUUGGAAAAAUUAUUGCCCAAGGGAAAUUUAGUAGUUUCAUGGAAUCCCACAAGAAUAAAUUACUUGUCACAAGAGUUGGUAGUAUUCAAAGACGAAUUGAUGACCAAAUUGAAACGAAAUGACAUUAUUUUCCCUCGUGAUAUUCAAGAACAAGAAGAGUUGAUUGCACAAGAUGACCAAAGAACUAACGAGGAGAGAAUCAAUAAUUUAAUCCAGAAUAAAAAUACUCAUUUGCCUUCAAAAAUCAAACAGGCAAGAAAACUAGUGAAAACCAUUUUGGAUCAAGGAAAUUUACAACCAUUCUUGAAGAACCUAAAAUUAAUCAACUUGGCUUAUGAUUAUAGUUUAAGAAUUGAACCAUUGCCCAGUGUAAUUAUUUUGAACGAUUCAAGUUUCGACAAUUUUGAAGUGACUUAUAAUGGUUGCAAAGUGGUUAACAUUACUUCAGUUGUCAGCUUGAAUAAUAGAAAAUUCAAUUAUGUUGAAUAUUAUCCAGGAACUAAAAGAUUUGAAUUUAAGGAUUUGUAUUUCUAA